UUCUAUUCGCAGCUUCCAGUACAUGUAGGUUAAUUGCAGUAGUUGCACAUAAUAGAGUCCAAAAUGAAAUACUUCGCUUUGCUAGCUGUUUUUGCUGCGGUUGCUACUGCUAUUCCCGUUGGAUUUGUUGAAGAUGAAGUUGGACAACAAUAUGUUUUGGUGCCUGUGAAUCGUGAAAAAAGGCAAGCAACAAAAUUGGAUAUUUCCAACACAGGGGUGACCCUUGGACAUAAAGGCAACAUUUUCGACAGCAACAGCCAUAAACUGGAUGGUAGCGCCUAUGCCACCAAGAACUUUGGUACACGUGGACUCGAUCAAUUUGGAGGACGUCUGGAUUACGCCCAUAAGCCUUCCGCUUCUAAUGUUUUCUUAGGUGCCGAUCAAACGCGUCAUUUUGGUACGGAUGUAAAAGCUGGGGCUCAGUAUAACUUUGUUCACAAAAAGGAUUUCGAUGUGGGCGUUGUUGGCCAGUACGAGAGACACUUUGGAGGACCGUUUGGGACUGGAAAGCCUCAAGGAUAUGUGGGACUUACUGCCACAGGAAGAUUUUAGAAGACUUACUUUAAAUUACUGAAUAUAUUUAUUUCCUAAUGUUUUUAAUUACUAACAUAAACAUUUAAAAAGUGAUAUUUAAACACACAGUUACUAGAAGUGUAAGGUUAGUAUUUUAAACUAAUAAAAUUAUGAUUUAAAGAAAA